CGCGAUUGGAACCAAAGCCGGCUAUAAGCUGUUUUCCUUGAGUUCUGUGGAGCAGCUAGACCAAGUCCAUGGAAGCAAUGAUAUCCCGGACGUGUGCAUCGUGGAGCGACUCUUCUCCAGCAGCCUGGUGGUGGUGGUGAGCCGCACAAAGCCGAGGCAGAUGAACGUGUACCACUUCAAGAAAGGCACUGAGAUCUGCAACUACAGCUACUCCAGCAACAUCCUGUCCAUCAGGCUGAACCGGCAGAGGCUGCUCGUGUGCCUGGAAGGAGCCAUCUACAUUCACAACAUCAAAGACAUGAAGCUGCUAAAGACCAUCCUGGAUAUCCCUGCCAACCCGACAGGUGUCUGCGCCCUCUCCAUCAACCAUUCCAAUUCCUACCUGGCCUACCCGGGAAGCCAGACAACAGGGGAGAUCGCCCUCUACGAUGGCAGCACCCUGAAGACAGUGUGCACCAUUGCCGCCCACGAGGGGGCGCUGGCUGCCCUCGCCUUCAACCCCUCCGGUUCCAAGCUGGCCAGCGCAUCCCAGAAGGGCACCGUCAUCCGAGUGUUCUCAGUCCCAGACGGGCAGAAGCUCUUUGAGUUCCGGAGGGGGAUGAAAAGGUACGUGAACAUCAGCUCGCUGGUCUUCAGCAUGGACUCCCAGUUCCUCUGCACUUCCAGCAACACUGAGACCGUGCACAUCUUCAAGCUGGAGCACCUCACCGACAGCCGCCCGGAAGAGCCUGGCAGCUGGACCGGCUACGUGGGCAGGGUGUUCAUGGCGGCAACCAACUACCUCCCCUCCCAAGUGUCAGACAUGAUGAACCAGGACCGGGCCUUCGCCACUGGGCGUCUGAGCUUCUCGGGCCAGGGAAACAUCUGCACCCUGGCCACGAUCCAGAAACUGCCGAGACUGCUGGUUGCCUCCUCCGAUGGACGCCUUCACAUCUACAACCUGGACCCCCAGGACGGCGGGGAGUGCGUCCUCAUCAAGACCCACAGCUUGCUCAGCUCAGAAACAUCGGAAGAGAAUAAAGAAAAUGACCUCAGGCCUUCAUUCCCUCAGUCUUACGCAGCCACUGUAGCCAGACCCAGCAUGUGUUUGGCCUCCACCAUGCCAGGUUAUUCUGAGGACGGCGGGGCGCUCCGAGGAGAAGUCAUUCCUGAGCACGAGUUUGCAACGGGACCAGUGUGUUUGGAGGACGAGAAUGAGUUCCCCCCUAUAAUCUUGUGCCGCGGAAGUCAGAAGGGCAAAGCGAAGCAUUCAUGAGCAGCAGCAGAUCCCAGGGAGCAGGACGCCCUGUCGGGGGGUUUUGGAGAGAACAUGGUGGAAGAACGGUGAGCGGAAAGGGGGGCUGGCCCCGAGGGGCGCCACUGCCCACCCUCAGGACAGGUGGAUGUGCAAGAUGCCAUGCACACCUGACACUACCCCAGACAUGUUAAAACCAUACAAGUCAUGUGGGUCCCUGACCAGGAUUUUAUAUGACAGGACAUCCUUUUUAAGUCUGCUGUGUAAAAAUGUACUUCUAGGGAAACAUCUUUGAAUCAUAUUCUUGUACAUGACUGCGCAUAUAAAGAGAGACUAUUUUAACCAGGCCAAGUAUUUUUGCAGUGACUGGAAUAAACCGUGUAUUACCUUUGCGUCCCACUUAGGACACUAAUAAUAAAGUCAUGGCAGCGCAUCUGGGAGUGCUCAA